AUCGGCUGCAGCCAGGAGCACUUGCAGCAACAAGCCCGGUAUCAAACAUCAAGCAACACUGGCAACAGGAAGAGCUAAAGCGACGCUCCUUCUCACCUGUUGACUGUACAGUAAAGUCAGAAUCCACCGGGAUUGAAUGUUGCAGGGCGACACAGACCCCCGUGGACUAUAGACAGCUGUGGACAUCUGGAAUCACCAUAUCAGAACUGGUGUCCUCACUGCUGACUGUGCUUGUCGUUGUCAACACUUGCUUUUGAAAUGAAUCAAUAUGAAGAUACUGAUACAGGAGUAUCUAAUCUUCCCUUUAAGGUGAGAAUGGACAAAAGGAUCACCGGAGUGCAGAGCAUCCGAGAAGCGCUCACACGGCACAUCGAGGACGAGGACGAGGACGUUGAGGAGACAGAAGAUGAGGAGCCCAGAGCCUGCGGUGUGUGUGGAGAUCUGGCCAAGGGUUACCACUUCAAUGCCUUGACAUGUGAAGGCUGCAAAGGCUUCUUCAGACGUGCCAUAAAGAGGCCAACACAACUCCGCUGUAGGUUCCUGAAUAACUGCAAUAUAACCAAAAACAACCGACGAGCGUGUCAAGCCUGUCGAUUCCGUAAAUGCCAGGCCAUAGGCAUGCGCGAAGAAAUGGUCAUGUCAGAGAAGGAGGUACUGGAGAGGAGGGUCAGGAUCCGGACAAGGAAAAUACUUGAUGCAUCCGUACAGCUCACAUCCCAACAAGAGGAAACCAUUCAGGAGCUCCUCUGUGGCCACCGCAACACAUUUGACUCUGCAUUUUAUCGCUUUAGUGGCUUUAGGCCCAUGGACAGAAACGUCCUUCCUGCAAGUGAGUACAACCAGUCUGAUGGUAAGCUCUGCUCCCUCUCGCCCUCCUCCUGCUCCUCCUCCUCCUCCUCCUACUCCAGUCUCUUUGGUUCCUUUAACAAACAAGAGAACGAAGAGGUAGAGGAGGCCAGGAAAGGCAGUGUCUUCACGGCUCUGCCACAUAUGGCCGACCUCACCACUUACAUGAUUCAGGACAUCAUUAGUUUCUCCAAAAGUCUUCGGGACUUCCGAUCUCUAAGCAUAGGGGACCAAAUUGUUCUGCUGAAGGGAGCCAUGUUUGAAAUGAUGCAGACCCGCUUCAACAUGGUGUUCAAUGCAAAAACGGGCAUCUGGGAAUGCGGCCAUAUUACAUACUGCAUAGAUGAUGGCAUACGAGCGGGUUUCCAGCCACUCCUGCUGGAGCCUUUGCUCCGAUUCCACCACACGCUGCGCAAACUGGGCCUGCAGGAGGAAGAGUAUGUUCUCAUGUCAGCCCUGUCCCUGUUUUCUCCAGACCGUCCGGGUGUGCAGCAACACAGUGUGAUUGAUGAGCUUCAUGAAAACUUGGCGUUGACGCUAAAAACCUGGAUCGACUGUAAGAGGACAGGACCGGAAAAACACUUGCUGUACCCCAAAGUGAUGGCCUGUCUCACUGAAUUGAGAACAAUGACUGAGGAGUACAGCAAACAGGUUCUGCAGAUCCAGGACAUCCAGCCAGAUGUUAUCUCGCCUCUCUUAAUGGAGAUGGUCAGUAAAAUCCCUUGUAAUGAUAAUACUAACAACAGCACGUAGACAUCGCUGGAUGUGCUCAGUGAUUUAAAGAGAAGUUUUCUGUUUUUGCUCUUGUACAAAUGUGUCCAGAUACUAAAGAAAGCAUUUACAUCAUGUGAUCGCACAAAAUCCUGAUGAUUAACCUCACAUCAAAUCCUGUUGAAAUGUAAACUAUCGUCUUUUGUUGCUAUUUUUCUAGAGUGAGAAUAUAUGUCUGUGAAUGAAUGUUGACAUAAAGUGGUGAGGUUUAAUGUUUUUAUAAACACACAUAAAAAAAAAAGUCAGAGACUGUGAAGUACGUAUUUUCUCAGAGAUCAGAAAGAACAAAGACAAUCUCUGUGUUUUUAAUGUAUUACCUCAGGUUGUUGUUUAGUGUUUUGAUGCCAAAAUGUGAAGCAAAAAACGCUCUACACUUAAUGUAAAUAAAACUGCUUCUCAGGUUGAAGUGUGAUGGUGCCUGCCGCUACAUUCUUAACAGCAUAAUAAGAAAAACACUGCUCCACUGUGGUCAUACUAACUCAAAGGAUUACACUGUAAAUUAGAGGCUGGUGCUGUAUGUAUAAAACUUCUAAUAAA